CCCGGGGUGAGUACCGGAUCUCCCUGUAACCCGGGAAUGGGAAUGAGAAUGGGAAUGAGAAUGGGAAUGGGAAUGGGAAUGAGCGUCUAUCUGUCCCUCGCGUUCCUCGCCUCGCAGGCGUUACGAUGUCUUUCUCUUCAAGAACUCCACGUCGGUCCGGAAAUUACCGCCAAGAUCUCUGCAGCCGGGCAAAGGAUGCGGUGCUCGGCUGCGCUCGACGUCCUCAUUCUUCUGGAUGGAUCUAAUAGCGUCGGUAAAGGGAGUUUCGAGAGAUCCAAACACUUUGCGUCGCGUCUCUGCGAUGUGCUGGACGUCGGGGGGAAUCAGGUCCGGGUCGGGGUCGUCCAGUACAGCUCCGCACCCCAGCUGGAGCUGCGCCUGGACUCCGGACUCAGCAGAGAAGACGUCAAAGAGAAAAUCCGGGCCGUGACGUUUAAGGGCGGCAGCACGGAGACCGGGCUGGCUUUGAAGUAUAUUUUACGGAAGGGAUUCCCCGGCGGACGGAACUCCUCGGCCCCCAAAGUCCUGGUCAUUCUCUCCGACGGGAAGUCCCAGGGGAGCCUCGCCGGCCCCGCCGCCCAGAUCAAGGACAGAAAUAUCAAAGUCUUCGCUGUGGGGGUGAAGUUUCCAAGGUGGGAAGAGCUCCAUGCUUUGGCCAGCAGUCCGUCAGAGGAACACGUCAUGUUUGCUGAACACGUGGACGACGGGGUUAACGGCGUGGCCAGCACCUUGUCCAAUUCCUCUCUCUGCUCCGCCGCCCCGCCAGGCUGCGACGUCCGCUCCUUCCCGUGUACUCGCAAGACCUUGGAGACCGUGAAAGAACUGGCCGGGAAUUACAUGUGCUGGAGGGGCUCCCCGGGGCCGAGCAGCGUCUUCGCCAGACGCUGCCCUUUUUACAGCUGGAAACGUUUCUUCACCAACCACCAGACCCGGUGCCACCGAACCGUCUGUCCAGAUCCCUGCGACUCCCAGCCAUGCAAGAACGGCGGCUCCUGCAUCCCGGACGGACAGGACCGGUACCACUGCGUCUGCCCCGCUGGGUUUGGAGGAGAGCUGGAAUGUGCCCCGAAGCUGAGUCUGGAAUGUAACAUCGACCUCCUCUUCUUGGUGGACAGCUCAGACACAUCUUCUCUGGAGGGUUUCAUGCGCCACAAAUCCUUCCUGAAACGUUUUGUCCAAGCCGCGCUCUCCGACGACUCUCCGGUGAACGUGGGAAUCGCUCAGUACAGCAACGAGGUCCGCUCCGUGGUCAAAGUCGGCGAAUACCAGAACGUCUCAGAACUCCUGAAGCUCGUAGAUGAAAUGCGUUUUAUGGGAGGCGACCUCUUCACCGGCAGAGCCCUCCGCUACGUUACACGGCAUGGGUUUAAAAGCACCCCGGCCUACGCGGACAUCCGAGAUGAUCUUCCACGGGUCGUGGUCCUUCUGACCGGCUCCACGUCGCGGGACUCCGUUACAGAGGCUGCAGAAUACGCCAGGGACCACGAGCUCUUCCUCAUCGGAGUGGCAACCGACUCGUCCAAGGAAGAAACGUCCGAGAUCGUAGGGAACCCUCAGCAAGUUCUCACCUAUUCCAACCCCCAGCAACUGUUCAACCAGCUGCCUCUGCUUCAGAAGAAGAUCUGUAGUGUCGACGUUCAAGGUUGCCAGGGACAGCCGUUGGAUCUCGUCUUCGCGUUGGAUGCCUCUUCUGCGGUUGGACCGGAGAAUUUUAACCGAAUGAGGGACUUUGUCAAAAUGGUGGCCCUCCAGUUUGACAUUAACCGGGACGUCGCCCAGAUAGGUCUCGUUACCUACAGCAGCCGCCCCCAGACUAUUUUUGGGCUGGACGCUCACGAAAAAAGCUCGAGCCUCCUGGGCGCCGUUAAUCAAGCUUCGUACGCCGGAGGAUCGGCCUCCAUGGGAAACGCUUUGCUGCACGUCUCCAAGGAGGUGAUGACCAUCCAGAAAGGAGCGCGGCCGGGGGUGAACAAGGCUGUGGUCGUCAUCUCCGACGGAAAGGGGGCUGAAGAUGCCGCGGUCCCUGCCCAGAAGCUGCGGGAAAAUGGCGUACGGGUUUUCGCCAUCGGGGUCGGAAACGUCCAGAAAAACCCUCUGCUCCGGAUCACCGGCUCCAGCAAGUUCUUGACCAUCAUUCCUUCUUUUGAUGCUCUCGGUCACUAUGACAACGACCUGGUCCAGAGCGUGUGCGAAGAAGCCAAAUCCCCGGUGAAUCUGUGCAAACCCAACCCGUGCAUGAACGACGGGGAGUGCGUCCUGCGGCGCGGGAGCUACCGGUGCGAGUGCCGCGGGUGGGAGGGCCCCCACUGCGAGAACCGAAUAUCGAGAGGGGACACCCCGCUACCGCUGCGCCAACAGGGAAGAAGCCGCCAGACGAGGAACUCCGGCGCUCCUCACGGAAUUGAAGACGUUCUCACGGGAGGAUCCUUAAGGAGGGCAACGUCCUGACGCGUCGGCAGCGAGACCCACAAAUACCGCCCGCUUCGCCUGUGAAUAGCGGACCGGAGGCGACAAAAAAGUGAUUUCAUUUCGGGUCGUAUUUGUGUAAAAUCAGGUGACUCAAAAAACUCUUAAAAAAACUUCCACUGGAACACGAGACGGAAAGUUACAUCCACUCGCUGACAUCACAACGCAAGCAGAACACGAGGCGGAGAGUUACAUCCACUCGCUGACAUCACAAUGCAAGCAGAGCACGAGGCGGAGAGUUACAUCCACUCGCUGACAUCACAAUGCAAGCAGAGCACGAGACGGAAAGUUACAUCCGCUCGCUGACAUCAC